GGCGCAUGACUCGCAGCGGCCGUGCAUUCUUCCAGCUUCACCCUCACACACCCAUCACCAUGUCGCCCGCCGCCAGCAGCAAGAAGCGCGUCGGCAUCCUCGGCGCCACCGGCACCGUCGGCCAGCGCUUCAUCCUCCUCCUCGCCGCGCACCCGCACUUUGACAUUGCCGUGCUCGGCGCCAGCGCCGCCUCGGCGGGCAAGACGUAUGCGCAGGCCACGACGGGCCGCUGGAAGCAGGUGCACCCCAUCCCCGCGCAUGUGGCGGACAUGCCCGUCGGCGACUGCGACGUGAAGCGCUUCAUGGACUGCGACGUCGUGUUCAGCGGCCUGGACUCGGGACCGGCGGCAGAGUACGAGCACGUCUUCCGCGAGGCCGAGCUGCGCGUCUUCAGCAACGCCAAGAACUACCGGCAGGACCCGCUGUGCCCGCUCAUCGUGCCGCUCGUCAACACGCAGCACCUGGAGAUGGUGGCGCACCAGCGCAAGACGCUCGGCCUCAAGCGCGGCUUCAUCGUCACCAACGCCAACUGCAGCACCACGGGCCUCGUCGUGCCGCUCAAGGCCCUCGAGGCCAAGUUCGGCCCGCUCGACAUGGUCCUCGUCUCGACGAUGCAGGCCAUCUCCGGCGCCGGCUACCCGGGCGUGUCGGCGUUCGACGUGCACGACAAUGUCGUGCCGUACAUCUCGGGCGAGGAGGAGAAGAUCGAGAUGGAGGCGGCCAAGAUCCUCGGCAGCAUCAGCGCCGAGUCGGCGUUCGUCGACAACGCGCUGCGCGUCUCGGCGCACUGCAACCGCGUGCCCGUCAUCGACGGCCACACCGAGUGUGCCUCGGUGCGCUUUGCGCGGCGGCCGGCGCCGAGCGUCGAGGAGGUCGUGCAGGCCAUGGAGCAGUACCGCUGCGAGGCGCAGGAGCUGGCGUGCCACAGCGCGCCCGAGCGCGCCAUCAUUGUGCACAAGGAGGUCGACCGGCCACAGCCGCGCCUCGACCGCGACGCACAGAACGGCGCCGGCGUCAACGUGGGCCGCAUCCGCAAGUGCCCCGUGUUUGACAUCAAGUUUGUGGUGCUGAGCAACAACGUCAUGAUCGGCGCGGCGACGUCGAGCGUGAUGAAUGCAGAAGUGGCACUUGCAAAGGGCUACCUGGACUAGACGCAGCGCUGGA